GACAACCACAUUGCAACUUCUGUAAGCAUGGGCUACAAGGGGGAAAAAAAAGAGGAAGAUGAUACAUUUCAGGUACUGGUGUCCCAUCCGGCCUUGACCUCUCUCCUACUUUUGGCCGCCCUCGCCGCCACAUGUUGGUACAUCAGAGACUCCUACAAGGUGGACGCCUUCGGCCUCAAGCACGUGCUCAUCACAGGCUGCGACAGCGGCUUCGGCAACCUGCUGGCCAGGCAGCUGGAUCACAAAGGUUUCCACGUCAUAGCGGCGUGUCUCACCGAGAGAGGCUCCACAGAACUGGCGCGCUCGGCCUCCCCCAGACUGAGGACGCUCCUCUUGGACGUAACAGACGGCGAGAGCAUCAGGAGGGCGCGGGAGUUUGUGAACAGAGAGGUGGGAGAGCGAGGCCUGUGGGGGUUGGUGAACAACGCGGGUCGGUCCACACCCAUCGGCCCGGCUGAGUGGAUGCGCUUAGAGGAUUUCACGAAGGUUUUGGACGUGAACCUGAUGGGCACCGUGGACAUGACGCUCCACUUCCUGCCGCUCCUGAAGAUGGCUCGGGGCCGAGUGGUCAACGUGGCUAGCGUCAUGGGCCGACUGGCGCUCAUCGGAGGAGGCUACUGUCUUUCCAAGUGGGGAGUGGAGGCCUUCUCCGACAGCCUCAGGAGGGACAUGAAGCACUUUGGCAUCAAAGUGAGCAUCAUUGAACCUGGUUUCUUCAAGACGAAUGUGACCCGGCUGGAUCUAAUAGAAGGUGACCUAAAAAGGCUCUGGACCCGCCUCCCUCAGGAAGUGAAAUGCUCCUAUGGAGAGACGUACUUUGAUGACUACGUGAAGGCCCAGGCCUUCUCCAUGGGCAUCCUGUGCAGCCCACGCAUCUCCAUGGUGACGAGUUGCAUGAAGCACGCCUUGACCGCCUGUUUCCCCCGCACGCGCUACACUGCAGGCUGGGACGCCAAACUUCUCUGGAUCCCCUUGUCCUACCUGCCUUCUUUUGUGUCCGACUUUGUUAUCAGCACGCUUCUACCUUCACCUGCGGCAGUGAGGAGUUGAUGAAGAGGAACUUGUGAAAUGGCUUAUUGUGUCCUGAUGGCCUAUAUUUAACUAAUAAGUUCUCUUUAUGUGUUUUUUUG